AUGACACAAUCUUGUUGCUGUAGUCAUUCAUCGAAGGGAAACUCCCACAGGAAAAGGCAUAAAGCAGCCUAGGGAAGGCUAAGGAGCUGCUCAGUGCUAGCCAGUCAAACAUUGGGUUAGAUCACAACAGAGCUAAGCAUGAGCACCAGCCAAGGCCCUUUCCAGCUUUUUUCUGGGUCCCUCAGGGGUGGUGCAGGGUGUGGUUUGGCCCAGCAAGGAAUUUCUUGCAGACCUCCAGGUGCAGAUGGUGGUGCCAGCAGCACACAACCCUCCUUCUCCUCCGCCAGACCCCUCUGGCUGUCUGCUGCAGCGGGGGCACCGUGGGGAGGCUUCAGCGAGCGCCAUGGGGAAAGCAUCUUCCUGGGGGGGAAUGAGAAACAGACCAUGCAAAACCUGAAUGACCGUUUGGCUGCCUACCUGGACAAGGUCCGCUCCUUGGAAGCAGCCAACGCUCAGCUGGAAAGCUGCAUCCUAGAGUGGCACAGGACAAAGUCUCACGGAAAGAGGCAUGACUUCAACCAAUACGAGCAAAACGUCACUGACAUGCAAAGACAGAUUGAGGAUGGCAAGAUCACCAAUGCCAGUAUCCUUUUACAAAUCGAUAACGCUAACAUGGCAUCUGAAGACUUCAGGCUCAAGUAUGAGGCGGAGAAGGCGCGCAGGCAGGGGGUGCAGCUCGACGUGGAGAAUCUGCGGAAGGAGCUCGAUGGCCUGACCAUCAUUACCACAGAUCUGGAGAUGGAAAUUGAAGGCCUGAGAGAAGAGCACAUCCUCAGAAGGAAAGACCAUGAGGAGGAUAUGGAAGCAAAUCGCUCAUCACAAGACUUCAAAGUCAGUGUGAAAGUAAACGCAGCACCUCCUGAGGACUUGGCCAAGAUUCUAGCAGAAAUCAGAGAAGAUUAUGAAGCCAUAAUUGAAAAGAAUCGUCAAAGCCUGGACAGCUGGUACAAGGAGCAGAGCUCAACCAUGUCCCUGGCAGCAACUCCCAGCCCAGAGCUGCUGCAGCGCAAUGAGAGCGAGAUCAAGGAGCUGUCGCGUACCCUGCAGGCCCUGGACAUCGAGCUGCAGGCACAGAUGAGUAAGAAACACAUGCUGGAAGACACCUUGGCCGACACUCAGAAUUACUACGCUGCUGCACUCCAAAACAUGCAGCAGAUCAUCUCCAAGUGUGAGGAAGAGCUAAGCGAGGUUCGGCACGACAUCAAGCAGCAAAAUAACCAGUACAAGGUUCUUCUUGGGAUCAAAACCCGCCUGGAGAAGGAAAUCUCAACCUACCGCCUGCUGCUGGAAGGGAAUGUUGACGGGAUAGCAAGAAAAUCUGAAUCAAAAGCUAAAGAACACGCUGGGCUGAGCAGUCGGAAGAUCAGAGCCAUUGUCCAUGACACCGUGGAUGGGCAGGUGGUGUCCUCCACUGUCAAUGAGAUCCAGCAGCAGGAGUGA